AUGAUGACGGCAGCGGAGCUGGCGGCGUCCGGUUGGGCGGACAACGGGUCCCUGGGCUGGCCGCUGCAGGCGGUGCCGCGCGAUGCGCGCGACGACUUGGAUAUCCUCGCGAGCAUGGAGAAGCAGCAACGCGCUGGCGGGUUAAUCGACAUGCUAUCUGGCCCCGUCACCCCGUCCGCCACGCCCUCCCGCCGCUUCCAGGCGCAGCAGGAGCGCGAGUGGGACGAGCGCCAGCAGCGGCGGGAGCAGGAGCAGGCGGAGGCGGGGGGGUUGCCUUUUGAGAGUAUCGUCGCGGGCGCGAGAGACAGGCGCGCGCGGCAGCACGCGCGCAGCAGCAGCAGCAGCAGCAGCAGCAGCAGCAGCGUUCUUUGCGGCGCGAAUGGCGGCGUGGGAGGGGCAGCUGUGGCCGAUUCGGGCGAGAUCCCCGUAAUCUCCGGAGGUUUCGGCCAGGACAGGCAGACUCAGCAGGGACAGGGAGAAUCAGCGGCGCCGCGGGCGAGUCCGCAAGAAGCGGCGUGGAGUCCGCAGGUCUCGGACGCGAGCCCGUGGGGCGGGCGCGGCGCGACGCCCUCCGCGCCGUCCGCCGCUGUGGACCAUUUACCCUCGUUAGAAGCACUCUCGCGCUCGCCCCGGCGCGGAUGCGAGGCUCAUAAUAACGGAGGCGAGGAGAGCAGUAGCGAGGACGAGGGGAGGUACUACAAGGUUCCGGAUAUCACGGAAUAUAGGAAUAGGCGACGUCAGAGCGCGGGGAGUGCGGCGUCACCGGCGAGUAAAGUCACGCACGAGUAUUUCCGGGGCGGCGGAGUUGACGUUUCCUUUGCGGACUUUCUUGCUGCGCGCGCCAGUGCUGCUACCGCUGCUGGUGCUGGUGGCGGCGUGAAUGCUGCUGCUGCUGCUGCUGCUGGUGAUGUUGCCGGUGGUGAUGGUGGUGGUGGGUAUGGUGCCAAUACCGCGGCAGUUACUAGCGCGAACGAGGCUGGUGCGGGCGGGGAUGCACCUGGUAGUGGCGCGGCGGGAAAUUGGGGCACUGACGCUGACGUGGCAGCUGGCGCUGACGUAGCAACGGGGGCGCCGGAACGCGAAGCGGCUCCAGCUGGAGGGGAAGCGGGAAAUACGGGGGAGAGAGGCGACGAGAAUUUUGACUACUAUGAUUCAGAUGCUGCUGGGGAUGGUGUUGCGCCGUCAGUUGCGGCUGGAGCUGCGGUGGCGGUUGCGGUGGGCGCAGAGGCGGGCCACGGGAUGGCGGCCGGGGAGACAGCGGGCGCGGAUGACGGGGACGCGCGGGAAAGUACGCGGAAGCGCGGGGGAGGGCUUGGCGGAAGCUCGCGGAAGCACCAAGCGCGAUGGGGAUUGGCGGGAGGGAGGGAUGGGGACGGGGAGGAUGGCGCGGGACAGGCGGAAGAAGGCAAGGCGGAGUCGAGGCGGAGUCUGCGUGCACAGUGGAGCGCGCGAAGGUCAAGGCGCGGGGAGGGGGGAGCGCAUGGCGGAAACGAGCGGGGGAAGGGGGCGGCAGGGGGCACGCGGGAGGACCAAGGGGGCUUGGAGGGUUCCGCCAUAGGGGGAGAUCAGGAUAUGGCGGGGGAGGAGGCGGAGGGGCGAAGGAGACAGGUCAACGAAGGGCAGGGGGAGAAUGACUGGGGGGCUGCGGAGGUUGGGGGCCGAGGGGAAUGGUCAGGGGCCGCGGAAGGGUAUGGGACUGGGGAUGAGGGGGAAGAGGGGGGUAGGGAAAGAGGAGGAAAGAUGGAAGGGUGGGCAGAGAGGGGGGCCUAUGGGGACGAGCAGGGAAGGGCACAUGGAGAGUGGGGGGAAAAUGACAAGGGUGGGGGUGGGUAUGAAGAUGAUGGGGAUGAUGGUGAUGAUGGGGAAGACGGCGGAGAUGGCAUGGCGGAGUGUGGGCAGGAUCUGGCGCGGUCUGGGCAUGGCAUGGCGCGGUGGCAGGAGCAGGAGCAGCAGGAGCAGGAGGGGGAGGAGCAGGAGGAGCAGGAGGAGGAGGAGGAGGAGGAGGGAAGUGCUACGCGGGUGGUGUCAGGGAAGCGGAAGCGAGAGCAGGGAGAGGCGGAGGGGGAGGGGGAAGGUGAGAGCGAGAGGGGAAGGGGAAAGGGGGAGCCCAGAGAGGAGGGUGUGAGGGACGAGGGUGAGGAAACAGGGCGUGGGUACGCGUAUGGCGCAGGGCGGGGAGAGUAUGGUGGAACGGGGGAGUAUGGUGGAACGGGGGAGUAUGGAACGAGGGGACAGUAUGGGGCGAGUGGGGAAGACGAUAUGGUGACGAUGGGCAUGUCAGCGGAAUGGGAUGGGGGCAUGGCUGCUGCUGCGGCUCUUAUGGCCUCCGGAGGGGCAGCAGGGGACGGCACUGCAUCGAACACGGCCUCUGCCGCCAGUGCUGCUGCAUCCCCGUUACAAGCCUCUCCGUUUCAAGCCUCCUCUCCCUCUCCAAGCAGCACUGCUGCAUUUUCUGACCUGUCCUCGAUGAUGCCACCGGUGUUCCUCCCGCCUCCUGCUAUUCAGCAACCCACACCACCACUCCCCACCGCCUCCAACCAGAUUGACGACUGUGACUGCGAGGAGGACCCUCUACCACUCGCCUUUCUCCUCCGCGCCCACCACCCCCACCUGCUUCCCCCUGCUGCUGCUGCUGCUUCUGCUGCUGCUGCUGCGCCCUACGCCCCUGCGCCCCCGCGCCCUCUCACACACGGGUUGUGGCGCAGAAACCACUCCGCCCUCACCACUGCCGCCCUCUCCUCCGCUGCUGCCGCCGCUGCUGCUGCCUCUGCCUCUAGCGCCUCUGCUGGCGCGGAUGCGCUGCUGCCUGUCCCUCGCUCCGUACUAAGCCGCACCGUCCGGCCUCCCUUUGCCUAUGCCGCUGCUGCUGCUCCUGCUGCCACCCACCCGCCUCCUCCUGCUGCUGAUACUGACCCAGCUGUUGCUUCAGGUGCUGGCGGUGAGGGAACGGAACCAGUUGCUACCGUUGCCUUCGCUGCAGCUCCCAACACCGUACAGCCACCAUUGAAAACAACAGCUGCUGACACCCCUGCUUCAGAGAAAACGCUCACCACGUUAGAGGAUUUUCAAGACUCACCACACAAGCAAGCCCCCGUAGAGCCAACUAAAGGUCGCACCCCGGUGCCAUCUACAGGGGAGAAUCUUGACUCCUCCCAGAAUGCGCCUGCUGCAUCUGCAGAGGCGCAUACAAGCACAGACGUUGCCAUUCCUCCACCUGACUUCGCUACAGUCACACCGCAGCAGCCCAGCGUAGCUUCGGUGCUCCCCAUCCUGGUCGCCUACGCCUCCCGACCCGGAGCCUUGGGCCGAGCCUCCAUGCUCUACCGCAUGCGCAGCUCAGGCGUCUCUUCCAUGCAUGCUUCUUUGGCCAACCACGACGCGACAGCUGGCGAGGGGAUGGAGGCGGGGGCGGUGGCACAGGCGCUGGAACGAUUGGGGGAGUAUGGGGAAGGUGGGGGAGGGGGGAUGGGGGGAGGGGGAGGGGGAAGGGGUGGAAUUAUGGGGGGGAAAGGUGGGGAUCAUGAGAUGUGGGAGUAUAGCGAGGAGGAUGCGAACGCAGCAGCAGCAGAGGCGUUAUCAGUGUUUGGGUUUCCUUUUUCUCUUGAGGGAUUCGCUCUGGGUGGUGGUGGGGAGGAGGAGGAAACGGUGGAGGGGGAAGGAACGGCUGUAGCGGGAGGAGGAAAGGAUACAGUCGGUCUACCUGUGCUACAGCCGGGGGAAAUAUAUUCCAUCCGAGGUGUAUUUGAUGUGGAGGGGAGCCAGGGGGAGGCUGCAACUGGUGACGGUUCUGCUGGCUCUGCUGGUUCUGCUGGUGUGGCUAGUGCUGCUGCUAGUGCUGCUGCUGGUGCUGAUGGUGAUGCUACUCCAGGCGAAUUCGGUGACAGUGCGAGUGUGACUGUAAACGGGGCUCAGUUCUCCUUCCACGCGGGCAGCGACGGCAGAAGUUCCAGCCAUGCUGACGCGGCAGUGGGUCCGGAUGACGUGGACGGUGAGCUGGAUGAGGUGGCAGUGGAGGCGAGUCUACGUCAGCUUGAGCUGGCACUAGAGCAAGGGCUGUUACCAGAUGAGGUGGAGGCAUUGAGGAGAGAGUUAGAAGCUCUGGUGGAGAGAGGUACACGGAGGGCGAGGAGAGGCUCGCAGGGGCAGGAGGGUGGGGAGGCGGAAAGGAGGGCUGUGGUUGGGACGGGAGAACGGGAGGGGGAAGGGGAGGUGGGUGUGAUGAGGGGAGAGGUGGAGAGGGAAAUGGGGUUGGGGGAAGAGGGUGGAGACGAGUUGGGGGAUGGGGCCGAGGGGGAUGGGGUUGAGGUGGAGAGAGAGGGGAGUGGAGGUGAGAGGGAGGAGGAAGGGGGGAGUGAGGAGGGGGAGGGGGGAUUUGGAAUGGAGAUGGAGAGGGAUGUGACGCCGUACCAUGAGAUGGAGGGAGGCAGGGAGGGCAGGGAGGGUGGGGAGGUGGAGAGGGAGCGAGAAGGUGAGGUGGAAAGGGAUGUUACUCCGUACCAUGAGAUGGAGGGGGACAGAGAGGGCAAGGAGGGAGAGAUGGAGGCAGAGAGGGAGAGAGAAGAGGAGGAGGUGGGAGAAGGGGAGACGGAGAGGGAGGGAGAAAGGGAGACGGAGAGGGAGGGAGAAGGGGAGAUGGAGAGGGAGGAGGAGAGAGCAGGCGGUGAGUAUGGUGGAUAUGAUGGGGAUGACAGGGAAGUAGUGGAAGGGGAACAGAGUGUGAAGGGAACGGCUGGUGAGAUGGAUGAGGCGGUUGAGAUGGGUGGGGAGGGUGAGGAGAGGGGUGAGGAGGCUGAGGUGGGGGUUGGUGAGCAGGCUCAGGAGGCUGGAGGUGAGGAGGUGGGGUGCGGUGAGGAGGAGUGCAAGGAUGCUGAAGGUGAGAAGGUGGGAACAGAUUUGAUAAACCACAAGCCUUGCUUACCAGCCCAGCUCAUUCCUGCACUCGCCAAGCCGCCUCUCCCGCCGUCCCUCUCUGCCCACGUCGACGCGCUCUCUGCUGACCUGGACGCUGAGUCAGCAGCGGCUGUAGCGGCGGCUGCAGCAGCGGUGUCAGCAGAGGUGGAGGAGAUGGGCGGCGGCUGUAGCACCAGCUGUAGCACAGCCAGCAGCCCAAGCCGCCUAGGUCUGGGUCUCAUGGGCGGCAUGAGCAUGAGCAGCACGGGCAGUGGCGGGGGGGUGCUGGGCGGAGGGAUGGGAAUGGGAAGCAGCCCUUUGAGUGUUACCGGUGGCGGGAUGAGUCCGGGUAGGGCUGCUGGUGUUGCAGGGGACAGGGGCGGCAGUGGUGGUGGUGGAGGAGGAGGAGGAGCAGCGGGAGCAGCGGGAGAGGAAGGAGUCGGUACAGGAGCAAUUGGGUCACACGCACAGGGGCGCAGCGGGGGUGGGGGAGCGGGAAGCGGAGGGGGAGCAGGGGGGGAGAAGGCGCUGUACACGGUGGGGCACUGGCUGAGGCAGGUGGACAUGGCGGAGGCGGAGGGGCGCCUGCACGUGGCAGUGCGCCUCUUUGAGCUGGCCGAGCGCUGCCACGCCCAGCCCGCCACCCUGCUCCGUGUUGCUCGCUCCCAGUUCAUGCGCCGCCACCGCUACUCCCUCUCCCUCUCCGCUGCUACUGCUGCUGGUGCUGGUGCUGCUGGUGCUGGUGCUGCUGGUGCUGGUGGUGCCGCUGCUGCUGCUGGUGGUGUUACUGCUGGUGUUGGUGCUGCUGGUGCUUCUGGUGGUGGUGGAAAUGGGGCUUUUGGUGUUGUUUCUGCUGGGGCGUCACCGCUGCUUUCCCCGGCCGCAUCACCGCUUCACACCGCUUUCCACCGCCCGUCAUCCUCCCCUCCUCGCUCCCCCCUCCCGCUCCCAUCCGCCAACCCCUCAUUCUCCCCCCUCUCCUCCCCUCCUCGCUCCCCUUCCCCCUUACCUCCGCCCGCUUCCCUCUCCGCCGUCCCCCUGCCCGCACCCCCGUCCCUCUCCCCCUUCCCCACGCCCCCGCCCCCCUCCCUCUCCGCGUUCCACUGGCGGCAGCAGCCCACAGAAGGUGGAAGCGAGCGGGGCACAGCAGGGGCAGGCGGGCAGGCAGGCGGAAACGCCUCUAGCCUUGCUUCCUCCCCCCCGCACUCGCCCCUCGCUGCCACUACCCCCGGCUCCUCCCCCCGCUCGACCUUCUCUCUCUCCCCUGCUGAUGCCCUCCCAGCACUGCCCAAAUCGUUUGGGUUGCGUAGGGGUGGUGUGGGCAGGCGGUUGGUGUUUGAGAGUGGGGGAGAAGGGAGGCGUGAGGAGGAAGAGGAGAGAGGAGGGGUGUGUGAGGGAGAGGGGGAGGUAGGUUCGUCUGCAGCCUCGAGUGUUGUCGGGAACCAGUUGGGGCGUGAGAGUGAAGGGGAAGGGAGGCGAGCAGGGGAGAGAGGAGAGGAGGGGCAGAGGGAGGAGGACGUAGGCGCUUUUGCAGCUGGUGCUGCUGGGGAUGAUAGCAGUGGUGGCAGCAGUUGUGAUGACGAUGGUGGUGAUGAUGGGAGGAGAGAGGAGGGAGAGGGUUUGAGUAUGCAGGGCGAUGGAGCGAAGGGAGAGGAGAUGAGGGAGAAUGGAGAGGAAUGGAGGUGGGAGGAGGUGCAAACGAGGGUAGACGGAGGAGUGGAGAAGGGUGAGGGGAGUGUUGGGAGCGGUGCAGAGAGUGCAGAUGUGGAGAUGACUCAGACGAGGGGAGGAGAAAGGAGGGAGGGUUGGGAGGAGCAGGAGAAUGGCUGGGAGCGUGCUGACCGGGUACAGGCAUGGGCACAUGAGAACCUCCCAGGGCCGGCACCAGAAGAAAACAGGAGCGGCAAUUCCCGGACCGGAGGCAACGGCUCGUUCUCAGGCUCGGAAGCAGGCUUGGAGUUUCCAGAGGGUAGUGGUGGGAACAGUGGCAGUGGAGGCAAGGGCAGUGGGAGGAGACACGGAACCUUGGCCGAUCAGGCAAAGUGGGGAGAGAGAGAGGCGGGGGGCAAUGAUGCUGCUGCUGCUGCUGCUGCUAGCGCUCAUGGCGCUGGUGUUGGUUCAAGUGGCUCUGGUGGUAGUGCAACUGGUGUUGGUGCUGGUGCAAUGGAUGGGGUUGAAGCAAGCAGAGUGCAAGUCGAUCCAAAUGGGAGGAUCACAGAGGAGCGAGAGAAAGAGCUGCUGGAGGUAACAACGAAGGGCGGUGAGGGCAAGGAGGAAGGAGCGGAAGCGGGUGAGAGAAGAGCGGAGAAGGAGCAAAACGGAGAGCGAAAGACAGAAUGGGAAGCGCGGGAAACUCAAGGGGGCAGAGAUGAACCCAUGCUAUGUGAGCUGACUUUUGAGUCGACUCAAAAGUCAGCGCGGGAACCUCAAGGGGGCAGAGAUGAACCCAUGCUAUGUCAAGCCACAGCCGCAGCAGCCACACCAGCAGCAGCAUCAGCAUCAGCAGCAGCAGCAGCAGCAGCAGCAGCAGCAGCAGCAACAGCAGUGGCGGCGGCAGGGAGAAGGGUGGCGGUGAGAGAGGGGAGUGUGCUGGCGAAGCUGAAGCGCGCCACAGCACAGCUGAGGCAGCUCAGGGAGAACUACCUGGGGGAGGGCCAACCUGGGGAGGCUCAACUGAAAGAAGACCAACAGGAUCAACAGGGGAAGGCUCAACUGAGGGAGGGUGCAGGUGACAGUGCAACUGCAGCAGGAGCAGAACUGGCAUCAGCGCCAGCACCAGCAGCAACAGGAUCACCUGCCGUGCCUGCGCGGCCUUCCCCCCCCCAAUCAUCCAUCCCCCUCUCCGCCUCUGCCUCCGCUGCUGCUGCUUCAGCCGCGGCUCGCCUUGCCGCUCGCACCAGUGGCAGCAACGGCAACCCUCUGGAGGCGAGGAGCCAUGCGGCAGGAACAGGGGCAGGAGGAACACUCCUCUCAGCAGGAAUGAAGCCUCAGGCAUCUGCGGCUGCUGCUGCUCCUCUUGCAGGAGGCACCUCCCUUGCGGGCGGCACUGCACCUCCUCCUCCUCUUGGAGGCACAGCAACGCUUGCACGGAUCUCAAUCCCAGGCCUCACUGGGCCAACACCAGCCCAAGGCUUGUUCGGGACAGGACCAGUUCCAAUGCCAAUCUCAAUGCCAAUCUCAAUGCCGGUCUCAGGACCGCAUUCAGGGCCGGUUUCGCCAGGAGCGAACGCCCCUGCGUCUCCCUUCGCCCGCGCGUCCUCCUCCUUCUCCCUUGGCCGCAUCCCCUCCUCUGAGUCCCUCCGCACUGAUCCUACCUUCUCUGUUUACGUUCGGAGGUCCGGCUCGGCCCGAACCUCGGCCUCGGCUGCGGAGACCGAGCCUAGCGAAGGGGUGGUGGAGGGAGGGAUGGAUGGUGGGAUGGAGGGAGGGAUGGGAGGGGAGGUUGGUGGGGAUGGGGGAGAGGCGGAUGCUGAGAGCAGGGAGAGGGGAGUUGGAGGAAGAGGAGUGCGCAGGGCAGAAGAGGAGGAAGGGAGGGAAGCACGGGAAGCUGGGUCCGCAGGGGAUGGGUCAAGAGCUAAUUCGUUCAUCCCUCCUCUCUCCCUCGACGCCACUCCUGCCAGCAGUGUACUCUCCUACCCUGACGCCUCCCUUCCUGCCAGACCCACUGCUGCCCCUGCUGCCGAAGCCACUCCUGCUUUCCCUGCCACAGCUCAUACAGCAGUUGGUGCGAGUGGUGUGGGUGGUGCGAGUGGUAGUGUUGGCAUUGGUGCUGGCAAGCCACGUUCUCCCCCUCUCUCUUCCACCUCUACUCGCCCCCCCGCUCUCUCGAUCCCCUCUCGUGCCCCAAGAGCAACGGCAACACAACACCAGAGCGAGAACACACAUGCACAGGCAGCCGCACAAGCAGCACGAGUCACGCCACUCCUACCGACUGCAGAUGCAGCAGCGCAGCCAGCAAGAGCACCAGCCACGCCACAGGCACCAACAGCCGUGGCUACUUCUGCAGCCCUCCUCCACCGCUCUGCACUCCUCCCCUGUCAGGACACGGACACCUCUCUCCCACGCUCUUCAUUCCCCUCCCACUCGCCCCCGAUCUCCUACUGCCUCCCGCUCUCCUCCUCCCUCUGCUCGCUCUCCUCCGCUCUCUGCUCGCUCUCCUCCCCUCUCUGCUCGCUCUCCCCCCCUCGCUGCCCGCUCUCCUCCCCUCUCUAA